AUGGUCGCCUUGAAGAAACUCUUUCUGCAAGAGCGUGCCUCGACGCGGCCUGCAACAAGUAUUGGAUCCGGAGAUAAUGAGUCGGAUGAACCGUACUUUAGCAGUGCUGAGGCGCAAAAUAACCUCACGGCCCGUCAUUUAUCUGCGACACCCGCCUCUCCGCUACCCUCCCCCGGAAUCAAAGGUUCACAAUCUAUGGAUGUGAACCAUCACUUUGAGCAACUGGAUCAGCAAUUCGAAGAUCUUCACCAUCACUUCGCCGAAACAGCACGACCACAAUCUUCCCAAUCAUUAUCGCCAUUCGUCUCGCAGCACUUUGCCAUUCCAAGAGUCCAAAACUCCCGCCAUAUUGAUCUCCUAGAUGCGCUUUCAACAUCGGAGAAAUACCGGCAAGAAAGUAACCGCCCGGUCGCUUCCCCUCCCUCCAGUCCUUACAACGAAGAUGUCGCCGAGCGGAACAUGACAAGGUUUCUCCGUAUUCAAUAUCGAAGCGGCCUAACAGCUUCUCGGAUACUAUCCGCGUUGUAUCAAGAAGACGUGGCAGACAGAAAUAUCGCUAAAUAUGGCGGUACUCGUUCCUCUUCAUCAUUAAGCUCUCGCUCGUCACCUCCUGCGCCUGAUGGUGCAAGAUCGAUGAGCCGAACCGGUUCAAGACGGCGUGGACCUGGAAAACGUUUUCCUGUGAAACCGAGUUGGACAUCGGAAGGCGAUCUGCGGACUCGGUCUGCCACUCCAGACGCGAUGGCUAAUGCUUCCUCACGACUAUCGCAUAUAAGUAAACUGAUCCGCCAGCAAAGAUCAGCGCCCAGCCUGCCUCCAGAUGAGGCAGCUGCCGCGCCCGAGGCCGAAGAUGCGCAACCAGAUACCCCACGCGCUAAUCAGCGCCUUGGGGUUCCUCCUGCCUAUAAACAGGGCAAAAGAUGGAGCACUACACCGCUGCCAGAUAGCCCUACGCUGCCCAUGCCAAUAGGUGAUGGUGACAGCAAUAAUGGCUCGUGGUCAGCUACGCCAGUAGGAAAACCUCCAGCUACAACGGCUCGGACUUCCUCAUUGACCCCGAGGACAGCUUCUCCAGCACAAGUCUCAGGAUUGAGAUCACGAAAAAACGUUCGCGAUCUUUCCAUUAAUACAGAACUCGCCGCUGCUGGCCGGCUGAAGAUCGCGCAUCGCGCCAUCCAGCCCCCAACGCCAUCGAACAAGGAUAUGAACGGGGCUCCUAGCAUUGCAGAGGUCAUGAACAGCCCUCUGCCGACUUCCAGUCCUGUCCCUCUGAGUCCCGAUAACCCGUCGCCUCGCUUUAAGGCCUCUGAAAUGAUGGACCUCUUCAACAAGGCAUAUAUGUCUACACAGGCUAUCAGCUCCCACCCGACUUACGAGACGUUGCAAGAUGCUAUUGUCCGUGAGAUCAAUUCUCAUGAGGCGUUCCGCAAUGUUCCUGUUCCUGUCGCUGGCCCUCCUUUCACACCCACCGCGACCCAGGGAAGCUUUGACCCCAUGAACAUCGGUUUGAAUCGCAGUGCUUCAGUCGGUUCGAUCUCCAGGCUUAUGCGAAAGGGCUCUUUCAAGAAACACAAGAGGAACUCCGAAUGCCGCCGCAGCAUCUCUUCCAGUAUUCUACGACGAGGCCCCGGUCAGCGCAGACACACUGACGCCCCUCCUCCAACCCCAGGCUUCCUGGCCGAUAUCGACAAGGAAGAAGAUGGCACGCGUCUAAACACCGGCGAGGAGCUUACCUACAUGGACGUCCUUAUCCGUGCCGGCAAUGGGAAACCAUCAACAUCCCACUCGAAAACUCCAUCUGCAUCUACGUCCCGGAUACGCGACUCAGCCUCCACCUCGAAUAUGUCUACCCUCGCCCGCUCUACCACCGAAAUUUCCACCACCACAACAGGCAUCGUGUACUGCAUGCAAGCCCACUCAAGCUCAAACGACAGCAAAGACGAGCACGAAGACAGCGACGACGAGAUCAUCCAGCUCCCAAGCGUCAGCGUCUCCCCGCCCCGUGUCCAAAUCGAAGGCGUAGACGAGAACAACGUUCACUACGUAAUCGACUCAUCCACCCCCAUCGACGCCGAGAAGCUCAUCAAUUGGCCUCAGAGAGCUCGUAAUAUCAAUUCUCAGAUCGGCUGUGAACGCAGUCUGUCACCGCGGACUCGGGCACGGAUGCAGCUUCGUGGAGCUCGCUCUGUCGAGACUUAUUAA